GUUUCUUCCUUUUGCGCAUGCGCCCUUCCGGCAGACCUUAGAGUUCCGAAUCUGUAGGGUACAGAGCGGCAGAUGGGCGGAGCAGUGUAGCAGCCUCUCUGCCCCUCCCACCCAGUUGUUAUCAUGGCGUCUCGGAGAUCUCGCUCCGCCUCAGACCAUGACAGUGAUGAUGAUUCAUAUGAAGUACUGGAUUUAACAGAAUAUGCAAGGCGUCAUCAUUGGUGGAACCGUGUGUUUGGCAGAAAUUCUGGACCUAUUGUAGAAAAGUAUUCUGUAGCUACUCAGAUUGUAAUGGGUGGCGUAACAGGCUGGUGUGCAGGAUUUUUAUUUCAGAAGGUUGGGAAACUUGCAGCAACUGCAGUAGGUGGUGGCUUUCUUUUGCUACAAAUUGCUAGUCAUAGUGGCUAUGUACAGGUUGACUGGAAGAGGGUGGAAAAAGAUGUAAAUAAAGCAAAAAAGCAACUCAAAAAACGAGCAAAUAAGGCAGCUCCUGAAAUCAGUACACUGAUUGAAGAGUCAACAGAUUUUAUUAAACAGAACAUAGUGGUAUCUGGUGGAUUUGUUGGAGGCUUCUUGUUGGGCCUUGCAUCUUAAGGAUGUGACUCUUCCUGCUGACUUAACCAUUAUGAAGAACAGUAGCGAUGUGCGGUCCUUGAACAAGACAGUCGGAUUCGCUCACUAAUCACUCCUGAGCAAGAUAGAGGCAUUUGUCAGACAAAUAGGAAUAUCUUAUAUUUUAGAUUCUUGCCUCCUUAAGCUUGCUCAAGCAGGUUUGCCGAAAUUUCUGCAGUAUGUUCAGUAGUGUUCUUGGACAAAAACAAAAAACUGGCUAACUUUUGUGAUGAUCUUUAUUAUAUCUCCAUUCGGAAUUCAGCAUAUUUAAUAUGUUACUUUUUGGGCUUUAUACUUCUUUCCAAUGUAAGUUUUUUAUUAUUAUUUAUUUCAUGCUGUGGUAAAUAAUGCCUAUAACUAAAUGUGUAGGAUAUUGUGCUUCAAGCGCAGGACUAGCCAUCUUCUAUAGAAAUCAUUGCAAUAAAAGAAAUCUAUAUAUCUGUCAUACUUUUUUGCAAGGAUAAAAUAAGCAAUUGAACAUCUAUUAAAGAGUGAAGAUCAA